CGAUAAGCGACACGAAACCCAAGUCAUCUUUGCAAGCCCUCGAAUAACCGCCGCCAUACGCAAGCCGCAGCCACCAUUCACAAGGCUUCUCCCCUCCUGUGGGUAACCAUACAUGUGCUGUGCUUCAGAUGCUAAUCUUCUUAGCAUCCACGAUUCAGCGCGAUGAGUCAAAAAAGGGCCUCUGGGGCUCAACAAGCUCGCGACAGCUUUGCCUCCCUGCUCAGUUAUUACGAGAAGCAUGUCCCGGCCGACGAGGCGCCUGAAUUCACCAAGCGGGUCUCAUCCGCCGACAUCGUGAUAGGGAUGAGGAAGGGCGAUGUUCCAUCAGCAGAGCAGGGAGAAGAGCUAAAGAAAAUUUUGGCUGAUGCUUUGAAAACACAAGAUGCCAUAAGCAACCUUUCCCAAUCCGAGAAAGACCUCAAGACCCAAGCGGCGCAAGCAAGCCUUGGAGCUCGUAAACGCAAAUAGGUUGGAUGGGUGUGCAUUGAACUCGAUGUACCUAGUUGCCUAUUAUUAUUCAUAAAGGAGC